AGGUGGCGUAACGGAAUAUUUAACUGAAGUGGCGUGCCAUGUCAGAAGAAACUUUGAUCAUUCCAAUAAAGUUUCCUGCUUAUAGAACAGUAUUAUGGGAUCACCAACCACUGGAUUCAUCAUGCUUUAUUAAUAUAUCAAAAUGCAGAGUAAUGUUAAAAGAACAAGUUCUGAAUGCUGCGAGAAGACUGAUGGACAAAAUGAAGAAAAGUAAAAUGUACUGCACAUUAAUUGGAUCAGUCACAGUAGACCAACAAAAUGGAGAGGGACUUGUCAUCACUAUGGAUAAACUAGAGGAAGAUAAGUGUGAGGGAACAGGAUCAGGAGAACAUAGGAUUCUUUGUUUGAUGAAUAAUGGAGAAAGUUGUACUGAAGAUACUAGUGUUAAUGAUUGGAUAAAAGGCUUAAAGAAUAUGUACCAGACAUAUAAAAGUAACAAUCCUGUGAAUUUGAACCGAUUUGUACAGCUCAGGUUGCAUUGCUCUGUCGUAGGGGCUAGAUGUACUUGUGAUUUAGAAAUGAUAACCAUAGCCACAGAGCUGAAAGUUACUCCCAUUCCACCUUUACCUGUAUUAAAUACACCUCUUUCGAAAAACCUGGCUGGAAAAGAAAAUCUUAGUGACAUACAAAAUGAACCAAAAACUGGAUUCAUGACAAUGGAACAAACAAGGCGGUUAGUAUUAAUGCUAGAAAAUGAUCCCAAAGUUUUGACCCUGCCUCUCAUAGGAAUCUGGGUGAGUGGUAUAUCAAGUAUCUGUCAUCCAUAUGUGUGGGCUGCCUCUUUAAGAUACUUAAAUUGCUCAAGUUAUCAAGAUAGGGUGUGUCUGCCUCCACAGCCGUUUCUAAUCAUGCUGUACUCUUCAGUAAACCAUUCAUCACCACUAUUUUAUGACUGUAUCACUACAACUGGGUCAAACAAAUUCACACCAUGUAUGUUCAAGGGUUCUUUGGAAACUUCUGUUGCCAAGGUUCCUGUUUUUAACAAUAAAAUGCUGGAAAUUGAUUUGGAAAAAGUACCAUCAGAUUCAGAAAGUUGCAAUUUUCAAGAAGCUUAUCAAAAGUUUAUGGGACAAAUAGUAACAGACACUUUUAUUCCAACAUCUAAGAAGCCAACACUUCUUACUCCAUCCAAUGAUGAGAUGCCUCGAAACACUCCAAAUCCCCAUUUCCUAAAUCCUUUGAGAGCUUUUCCAGCAGUUCCUGAUGUGUCUUUGGUUUCUGAUGGAAACAAUGAAGAAAGUACAUGUAUUGAUGAUAUUCAUAUUUUUCCUUUUGUGAUGACAUCUUCAAAUGUAAAUCAUCAAAGAAAUAGUCAUUGUUCUUCAGCAAAAUUCAGCCAGGACAUAAAUACAAUAGGCAUUCAUAAGGCACCACACUAUACCAUGGAAGUCAUGAGCAACUCGCAAUAUCCUCAUCAGGCAAUACCUCAAGGGUCUUUUGAAACUGUGCACAGAUGCAUGCAAGAGAGAUCAAAACAGUUACCCAUUGAAAGAUCUCCUGUUACUAAUACACAUCAGAUCUCUCCUUCAUCCUACUCUCUUUGUACUACCACGUCAAUGACUCUUGACCCUAAACAAACGUCUCUAGACAAUGCAACUUCAAAACAACCUAAAGGUCAUGAUUUGCACAAGAACACAGCAAUAAAAUCACAAGUCUAUCAUUCACCAGGAAAUAUGGGCUACUGUGAAAAUUUUCGAAAGUCCACAUUAUCUCCAAAAUCAUCACUUCAAGUCACAAGUUCAUCAGCAGUUCCAGUCAAUUCAGAUAAUGAGUACCUCAAAACUUCUCCAUUAAGUUCUUCCAGGAGGAAUCAGUCGCCUACCCAAGUUUUAACUGAAAAUUCUGUACUUUCUCAGAAUUCUCAACUAAGUGGAAAGAAUUCAGUGAAAUUUCAUCUGAAUAACUUCCCUUUUCAAGGCCCACUCCAAAAUGUUAAUCAGCAUUUGUCUCAAAGCUCUUAUCCUCCAAAUACUACACAAUUUGGAAAAAAUGGUUUCCAACGAAAACAGAAACUGAAUGAUAAUCAAAAGAGCAAGCAAAAGACUUCAUUUAAUCAGCACACUAGCACAAAGUCUACAUCCAGUCAUGUUGACAACGUUUGCUGCUCAGAAGUAUCUGAUUCAUCAGGGGAAGUAAUUACAUAUGAUAAUAAUGAUUCCCAUUUUCACAAGGAUGUCCCUCCACAAGUGUACCAACUCCUUCAAAAACAAGAUGAACAGUUACGUCAACUACAAGCUCAAAUACAAAAGCUUCUACAGGCCCAAGAAGCAAAAGCUACCAUAUCUGAAACUCCAAAUGUUACUAGCCAGAAACAAGUUACUAAUAAACAUAGCCUUUCUGCUACUCAGAAUCCAUCCCUUAUGCCUCAACUGUGUUCAACAAGUACAAUGACCAGUUUGGUGUGGCCAGACACACGAAAACUGAUAGAUGUUAGUUUGCAGACAGAAGAAGAAUCUCCAAGCUGUGACUCUAUUGAUACAGGGCUUGGUGACAGCUGCAACAUUCCUGUAACACAGAGGUUAAGCACCCCGGAUAAAACCAAUACUCCUGUAGUGGGAAUAAAUAAUCUUAAUACACAGUUUACCAACAAAGUGCUGUGUUUAAAUGACACUGAAAAACAAAAGAACCAGGUAGAACCAUGUAGGUGUAAAAAUCAUACUAACAAACACUCACCAUCCAUUUCUCAACAGAAGAAACAAAUUUAUGAGAAUGGUUGUCGACCAUUUAGUGGAUGUCACCAUAAAUGUUGUGAAGGUGAAGUAGACGAGUCUUUCACUAUGACUGGAAUAGAAGUGUGUACAGUUUAUGAUCCUCAGCCUAGCCCUGCUCCAUCCAUACAUGUUGAUGUUCAAGAUUAUGUAGCUAGUUUUCACAGCCCUACUAUGGUAAACCACCCAGGAUCAGAGAAUCAAAGUUUUGAAAGUCCAGUCUUAGGAGAAAGUGCCAGUUUGAUGGAACGAAAUUCCAAGGAUCACAUGAAGAAUUCAGAAGAAGAUGAUAGUGACUCUGAAACAUCAGUUGGCAGUGAAAAUAUCCCAGAUAAAACCUUCUAUCAAAAUCUUCUGGGUAAUAUUCAUCGCAUGCUAGCUAAACAAACAGAAAAUGAAAGUAAGUUUGAAGAGAGGCGCAUGUCAUGUCCUAGUAGUUCCAAUUCUCUAGAAAACACCUUUCUGAAACAUGAAGCAUUACGUGGAAUUAGUCACUCAGCUGACAGAAGGAGAUCCUUAGAAGAUUUAAGAGACCAUCGUUUAGAAGUGAGAGCUUUCAAUGAGUAUGAUGACAGACAAAAGACUGAAAAAGAUUGGUCAACACCAAACUCUUUCUGCUUGCCUAAGCUAAACUACCAAACCCUAUUUUUAAGUGAAUCUGAUCCUGACCUGAGUGUGGAAGUGAAUUCCUUAGCUUUGAAAUACCUAGAAAAGGAACAGCUGUCUCAACUUGCAAAAGAAAUUGAGCACAGUAAGGUUCACAAGCAGAAAAAAACAAAUAACUAUCCUCUGCUUAGAAAAGUCCUUGAAACUAAAGUUCAAGAAACAGGACCUACUGACAUAACACUUUAUGGUAUGCCUAUGAAUAAUGUGUCAUUUGCAACAAAAGCUUACCUUGAAAGAAAUGGACUAGCACAGAAGUUACCAUCUAGUUCAGAUAACACAUGCAAAGAAGCAUGUGAUCAUAAUUCUAGUAAAAACAAAAUUAAGACUUCAUCCAGUGAAGAUAAAUUGUGGGUUUUGAAAAAUUUGGAGGAAAGGUCCCCUCAGCAAAUACAGCAUGGUAAAAUGUUGGUUACAAACAAAGAGAAAAACACGGAGUUUAGAAGGGUUCUUGAUAUAACAGCUUUAAGGCAACAGCCUAAGCUGCUGUAGAUCUUAUGUGAUAUAGAAAUAGAUAUUUCUUAAUAGUUUUUCAGAAGUAUAAAGAAAUUUUCAUUUCAAUAUAGAUAUUUUUUAUGUUAAAUAUCUUUUCCUUUACCUCCCUCAUUGGGAAGUAUGCUGAUUGAAUUAUUAUAACUAUUUUAAGUUUGUAACAGUUCUGUUGGAACUUGAUUUAAUACUCUAGAUAAUUUGGUUUUGUUAAUUUAAAAGGAUAUAAAUUUACUGGUUAUUUAGUAUGAUUUUAUUAAAAUAAAUGCUGUGAUGAUGAACAUAAUUUAGUAAAUCCAUUUUGAAGAAACCAUAUAAAUUUGAAAGGUUUUAGUUUCUCUUAGUGUAGACUUAUCUUUAAUUCAGUGUUUUAAAUUCAACAACUGUGUAAGAAGUGGAAGUACAGAUAUCAGUUAUGAUGUUCCUCAAUUUUUGUUCAUUCCGUAUACUUAUAUAUUAUAUUUUUGGUUCUAUUCAUUCAAGAUAUAUUCAUGUUAUUAAAGUUAGAUCUGUAGGCAAGUAAAAUCAAAAUAAUUUUUCAGAACUAACCUAACUGUAAUAUUUUUGUGUUUUUAUUUUUC